GUCCCUUCUCUUUCUCUCUGUCGCGGCGGUGGGUUGGAGCCGCUGUGUCCCCGAUCUGGCACGUUCCUGUCCAAAUUAUUCUCGGUUUAAAAUUGGAUUCCCUUUUACGAAAUCUCUGAAAUUCUCAACUGCCAAAUUUAAAGUGCUCUCCAAUUCUAUUUUUCCGCACACAGCCUCAACAUUAGAACCCCCAAGAAGAUGGCGAUGGGGUCGGCAGUCGCCCGGCUUGAGGGCCGAGAAUUCGAAUACCUGAUGAAGAAGAGGUCGGCGACCAUCGGACGGAACUCAUCGCAGGGCUCGGUGGACGUUAGCAUGGGCCACUCCAGUUUCAUCUCUCGCCGGCACCUCGAAAUUUUCACCGCUGGUGAAGACGGCACCGGUAGCGGGGAAUUCUACCUCCGAUGCCUCGGCAAAAACGGGGUGUUUGUGGAUGGGGUGUUCCAGAGACGAGGGGCUCCACCUCUGCAGCUCCCACGAAUGUGCUGUUUCCGGUUCCCCAGCACCAACAUCAAGAUCACGUUCACAGCCCUGUCCAGUGAUAAGAAGGAGCGUAGGAACGUGUCGGAGUCACCGGUCAAGCCCGUCCAGCACCAAAUGGCGCCGCUGACCAUCAACAUUCCAGACAACAUCGCCCACCUCAUAAGCCCGCUUCCCUCACCCACUGGCACCCUCAGUGCCGCCAACUCCUGUCCAAACUCCUGUCCGUCAAGUCCCAGAGGGGCGGGGCUGUCUGGCUAUAGGAUGGGCCGCGUGCUGACCGCUGACCUCGUCAACGAGAACUCCCAAACAGACGACAAGGACGGCUCGGGUGGAGACAGCCCCAAGGAUGACUCCAAGCCACCGUAUUCCUAUGCCCAACUAAUAGUCCAGGCCAUCACCAUGGCCCCCGACAAGCAGCUGACUCUGAAUGGGAUUUACACACACAUCACCAAGAACUACCCCUACUACAGGACCGCAGACAAAGGCUGGCAGAACUCGAUCCGUCACAACUUGUCUCUGAACCGCUACUUCAUCAAAGUGGCUCGGUCUCAGGAAGAACCGGGUAAGGGAUCGUUCUGGAGGAUCGACCCCUCAUCAGAGGGCAAGUUGUGUGAACAGGCGUUCAGGAAACGCAGGGCCAGGGGGGUACCCUGCUUCAGGACCCCGCUGGGGCCCCUCUCAUCUAGGAGUGCCCCGGCCUCUCCUAGCCACACAGGGGGGCUGUCGGCCCACUCCAGUGGUGUGCAGACCCCAGAAAGCCUAUCCAGGGAGGGCUCCCCUGUCCCCAUGGACCCAGAGCCAGCUCGGGCCACAGCUCCCACCACGGCCACUGCCCUACAGCCCAAACUAGCUGUCAUCCAGGAGGCCCAAUUCGCUAAGAGUGCUACUGGCUCCACUCUGAACAGCCAGCCGGUGCUGAUCGCCAUGCAGCGACAGUUGCCCCAGACGACAAUGAAGCCUGUUACCUACACCAUGGCAACGCCUGUCAUGACAACAGCUGUAAGCUCUGCCCCCAUCAUGCAGACAGUGCACGUACUCCAACAGAUUCCGAUGGUCACCAUGGCUACUGUCGCUGCCACACAGAAUUCAGUUGUUACGCUGAAAACAGAACCGCAGGAGAACGGAGGGGGAGACCACAAUGGGGUCAAAGUCAAAGUGGAGUCUGUCCCAGGCAUCACUACUUCCUCUAUAGGCGGGGCCAAUCGCAUAAUCCAGACCUCCCAGGCCACACCCCUAACAGUUACCAUCGUGCAACAACCUCCCCUGGGCCAGCAUCGGCUUCCUAUCAAGGCCAUCACACAGAACGGGACUCACCUGGUUCCCAUCACUACUGCUGCUAACACAGCAGUGGUGAACCCCCUCCACCUGUUGGCUGCUCAUGCCUCUGCCUCUGCAUCGCUGCCCACCAAGAGGCAAAACGGGGAGCUGGCCGACCACCCCGAACCCAAGAGGGUCAAAACUGAGGAGGGGGGCGAGGGCAUAGCCCCCGUUGUAACCAACUCGUGCACAAGCGGAGACGGGGACAAUGGGGUUAGUGAAAAGGCUGGCGAUAAGUAGAGGUCUUGACCCCUCUCCUUAAUGAGCUCUACUAUCCCACUCCCACGACCGGACUCUCACUCGAAACCACGUUUAUCAUCUACUCCAAGGUGCCAAAAGACAACGAGGUAUAGAUCCACCUCCGGACUACAGUAUGUGUGAGUAGUAGACAGACCACCACCCACCCAUUGGUAUAAAAAGCAGAAAAUAAUAUGAUGCGAAAACUAAAAGACCAAAACCAGGACAAGCAACGACAACAAAAAAGGAAAAUUAGAAGUUGUUAGAAGUUGGAAGUUGACCCUGUUUGAGAUACAAACUACAACUAAACCUUAAGUGAAGCACAGUUAAGUCUUGUUAACGUUUAAAUGUAAAUUAAGUCUAUAAAAAUGGAAAUGAGAUCAAAACAGACCUCUGGACUUUGACCACCAGAAUCACCAAGCCUUCCACUGCUGAUUGGAAAGUUCCUUUUUUAGUUUUUUUCACAGGACAAACCCCCAAGAGAGGGAAGUAGCCAAUGGCAUCAUCCCGGCAGCAUUAUAGGCAAGCGCUUAAUUUUUGGAAAGAAAUGACCUAAGACAGUUAACAGUAGUGUAUUCUGUAAAAUAAUGUGUUUGGGGAACCAUUCCCUAUAUCUCUGGCAGCUAGCCUUCAUGUCAACCUAUCUAAUGCAGUCGUGAGUAGAUACACUUGAAUCCUAGGAUCUUCUUUGAGUGUACCACCCGUUUCCCAAGGCACACACAUCUAUUUAGUAAUAACCAUACUAAAAACUAGAAGUGGGGUCAAAAACAUCUUACGUCACCUGAUAUUGUGGAAUCCUGUAUUUUUUGGGGGGGUGGACUCUGUUCAGUGAAAUGAAUGUAGUCCCCUUUUCCUUCAAGAAAACACUAUGGAGUGACUUGUUUUUGUCUAAAUCUUAAGUUUCUUUAUCGCUGUACAUCUAGAUUUUUCAUAUUUUAACAAAAUAUCCUAUAAGAUAAAAGUAUAUUUCCAUGCGUGUUUGACUGUAUGCUUCAUCAAUGCUUGCAUGUUACUGAAUUUAGAGAAUGUACAUGAGCAGAUAACUGAAGAAAAAUAAGACUGAAUCAAUGCUAUACUGUAUGAUUCUGAACAGUGCUGCGCGCUUACCCUUUUCAUUUGAGUUAUUUCUUCCCCUCCUUUCUUCUGUUUUCCAAGUCAUCAAUGGCUGUUUCUGUUCAGAUGGUAUUCUAUGUUUCCACGAGGAAAAACAAGUGAUAGAUGUUUGUUUGGCUUCAGUAAAAUGCAUUUUUUUCUUUUUUAUAUAUAUAUAUAUAAAUUAAUUUAAACCUUCGUCCUGUGUCGUACCGCCUCUGUGUAUUUCUGUAUCUCUGCUAAAGGCUCAUUCCCAGAGACCGAUACGGAAUGUUUGUCGCCUUGUCAAGCAGUCAAAGAACAUUGUUUUCAACCUGAGAUGCCCUGAAGAGGCGGCGAUGUUAGUUUCAGCAGCCAGCCACAGUGAGAUCAACCAUCCUUUUGCAAGGCAUCUCUGGGUGACAAUGCUGUAAACUUCAACAAAUUGUAUAUUCCUUGACUCCUACUGCAGUGGUCCUUUAGGGGCCCAAGGUAUGUUCUGUAACACUGGAGAGAAACAGCUGCUAAGCAGAUAGUUUACAUCUCUGCCUGGUGUUGAGAUUAGGGAAUACUAAUCUAGUUCUAGGGAAGUAGGGAGGACAGUGCUGUUGAUUGAGUCACCAUGACACUGCAGCUGCAUUCCUGGGAGUUUAGUGUUCCAGGAAGUUACUACGGGCCAGAUGUGUGGGAAACGGGGAGAACACUUUUCUCUAUGGAACAAGGCUGCAUCUGAAAGGGCAUAUAUAUAUUACUAUAUAUUCAUUAUAUAGUGCACUACUUUUGACAAGAGUCUAUAGCCUUGGUUUAGAGUAGUGCACCGUAUAGGGAGCCAUUUGGAUCUGGCAACAAACUUCCCCCACAUGGAGCUCUCAUGUAAUGGAUAACAGAACCAACUGGACCACUUAUGUCCAUAUGCUGACAUUUUAACUGCCUGAAAACCAUAUCCUUUACUAUAGUACUACUUUAGAGCUGAAAACACAGGGUGGCAGGUAGCCUAGUGGUUAGAGCGUUGGACUAGUAACCGAAAGGUUGCAGGAUCGAAUCCCCGAGGUAAGGUCAACUCUGUCGUUCUGCCCCUGAAUAAAGGCAGUUAACCCACUGUUCCUAGGCCGCCAUUGAAAAUAAUUUGUUCUUAACUGACUUGCCUAGUUAAAUAAAAGGUCAAAAACAAAGGGAUAAGAGCUGUCUUGGGAGUUUAUGGAGCAAGCAUGUUUCCUUCUAAAGUAACCUUCACACACAAACAGAUCACACGACCCCCAAAAUAAGUCACCUACACUACCUGAUGUUUUAUUCACAAAUUUAAAUGCAGGAUUUUACAAUCAUGUAGUGAGUGAAUUCCACUUGCACAAUCAGAGCAGGAAGCAACACAUGAAAUGCAUUCAGUGGUUCCCAUUGAACACAGAGAAAUGAACGUUGGUACAAAGUUCAGAUUUAACGGAACAAAUGACAAAUACACUAAAUACAUUGUAGCACAGCAUUGUAAGGUCAUGCACAUGAGCCGAUGCUGUGACAAACAUAAGAUGGGUUCUAAAGUUAAUACUGCAUGUAGAUCCACACAUUGAGUCGUAUGGAGAUCAGAAUUUAUGCUAGAAAUUUGCUUAAGCUGAUCAUAGUGAACAAGCAGAAGAGUUCUCUUCAUGGGCAAACUACACCAGCCAACUAAACCUCACCAGAAAGGAAUGGGUGUACAUUGUCACACAAAGAGAAGGUGGAUUUUGGUUUAAAUCAGAUUGAAUCUUAGGCAUAGAUUCAAUCAGAUCAAGCGUCAACCUGUGAUGGCAGACACCCACAUUUGACGUGGAGCUGAGUUGGAGCCGUCAACUUUGAGCAGCUGCUCUUACGACCAUUGUCACGAAGCCCACCGCUCCAUUCACGUUAAAAGUUCAGAACAGGAAAGUGUAGGCUAUACACGCUCAAAUUGAAAACUAAAUAAUGAGGAUUUCUAUCAUCCUAAUCGAGGCGUAUUUUACAUUCCACUUUUAAACCAUGCAGCCAAUGUUAAUGUCUGCUUUAAGUUUAAUGGCAGGAGACGCUUGUGGAUUUGACAGC